AUAAGAAAGGCUGAACUGGAUGAAGAUAUCUUUUCUUCUCUUGCCUAAUGUACCUUAUCUACAUAUUUUUUCUGUUAUGCAUGCUCAUAUGUCCUUCUGCCAGCUAGAAAAAAUCUUGGUUGGAGCUACUGCUUGUUGCAGUGGUCUGGGCAGCAAUCUAGGUUUUUUUUUUGUCUUUGUUUUUGUUUUGUUUUGGGCAUUUGUUUAGUUGACUUCUAUGAGGGAAUCUGACAAAGAGCAGCUGUUUGUUGUUCUACUUUCCUUUGUACCUUUGCCUGAGGAGCCCUACCAAGUCCUGAUAUCCGGUAGAGAACAUGUUCCUCCUGCUAAUUUUGAGCCUGGGAAUGAAGCUUCAUCACACAGCAGCUUUAUUCACAGUGACGGUCCCAAAGGAAACCUACAUGGUAGACCACGGCAGCAAUGUGACUUUGGAGUGUGAUUUUGACACGGGAGGUCACGUGGAACUCAGAGACUUAAAAGCCAAUUUGCAAAAGGUGGAAAAUAAUACAAUCUUGCUCAGUGAAAAAGUCACUUUGCUGGAGGAGCAGCUGCCCCUGGGGAAGGCCUUGUUCCACAUCCCCCAGGUCCACGUGAGGGAUGCAGGGCAGUAUCGCUGCUUCAUCAUCUAUGGGACCGCCUGGGACUACAAGUACCUGACUCUGAAAGUCAAAGCUUCCUACAAGAAAAUAAAGACUCGCAACCUCAAGGUCCCAGGAACAGAUGAGGUAGAACUCACAUGCCAGGGUGAAGGUUAUCCCCUGGCAGAAGUGUCCUGGCCGAACAUCAGCAUUCCUGCCAACACCAGCUAUACCAAGACGUCUGAAGGCCUCUACCAGGUCACUAGUGUUCUGCGCCUAAAGCCACACCCUGGUAGAAAUUUCAGCUGUGUGUUCUGGAAUGCCAACAUGAAGGAAUUUACUUUAGCCAUCAUUGUCCCAGGUGAUAUGGAAACCCACAAGACCCCUGCAUCUUCACUGCUCCGUGUUUUCAUCCCCUCCUUCAUCAUUGCUUUAAUGUUCAUAGCCACAAUGAUACUCCUAAGAAAACAGCUCUUCCAGAAGUUUUAUCCUAGAAAAGACACAGCAAAAAGAUCUGUCAUUACAGUAAGGAGGGACGUGAACAGAGCUAUUUGAACCUGUUGUCUCGGGAGCUGAGGUGACCUGAUGGGACAUCCUCAAGAAGUUUCUGGACUCUGAACAGGACUCCCUUGACCUACAGAGCUUGUUGUUUGUACUUUUCAACGGCCUUUGUGUGUGCCAGCACUUUAAUGUGGAGCCUGCAACAAGGCUAGGCCAUACCUGACCAAGGAUACUUAAAGAAGUCAGGCAGCCACCCUCCACUGUGAGCAGAAGGCUCUCACUCCUGCACCCUUUAGCUCCAACUACACACUACUGCACUUUAGAAGAAAUCCUGAAACAUUAAUUAAUUCCCCUUGUGGAGAAACUAAAGGUAUUUAGGACUGUUGAUGAAUAUGUUUGGUGCCACCCUGAGAUAUUCUUUAUAAGAAAGCACAUGUAUUUAGAAAUUACUGGUAUUUAUAUUUACCAGUCCCCAGAGUGCUGGUAUAGAAGUCAGUUCAUGGUUGCUUAAGGAAAGUAAGAUGUGUGUUUUGAACAAAAGAAGGUAUGAGGAAUGGCAUUGCAUUUUCUUAAGGGAAAAGAGUGGUUUUUAUCCUAGAGCUGUUUGCUUCUCAGUGGAAAAGAAAAUAAGAGGCAAAAUAAUGUAGAUACAGAAAGCUAUAGAAGGUUUAUGGGAAAGGACAUUUAGUUGUAUAAAUGGAUUUUGUUGGGAGUAGGCUGAGGCAAGACUUGGAUUUUUUUCUCUUUGUUAAGAAAACACAGUUUUCUUGGAAUGCUACUUUUGAUAACCAGUUGUGUGGAUUUCUUUGCCUUUAAGUAAUCUGUAUUUGCUUUUGAAUUUUUUUUCCACUUUGGGUAAGUGAAUAAGUAUGAUUUGGAAUAAUCAAAAAGUUCUUUGACCUUAGCAGAACUUUGAGAUUCUCCAGAGGAACCCCGAGGCAUCUCAGAAAAUACUAAAUAACUAGGAUUAUUUGCUAUGUUAAAUUAAAUGUAUUCAGUCAUAGUUCUAGUUAUUGUAACCAAGUUUUUUAUUGAUUACACUCUAAUCAGACAUUUAACCAUGGCUUUUAAGUCUUCUCUUUUAGAGACAGUUAUUGUUGUACGCUGACUCUAUUGCAAAAGUGCUUCAUCAAGAAGAUUCAUAAGAAGGUUAUAGAAGCAGUUGUAACAGUUCCACAUCAAGAUGAUGGUUAUGCAAGGAUUCCAGCCCAUACUGACUUAACGCAAGAAGCUGUCCCGCCCCUGGGACCCUAGAUCAGGCAUCCAGAGAUUUUUACUCCCUGACAGGCAAGGUCAGCUCCCCUAUUCAGCUUUGAAGCAGCUCCGGAAGACAGAUCAUCUGCUUCCCCUAAGAAUAUGGGAGUAAAGUUUCUGAGUGGGGCAUGAAAUAGGAGGAAAGAGGGCAAGGCACAACCCUUUAAGGAUGACAUAGCUAUUAGGGAUACGACAAACCAAUUAGUACCAACUACGCCCAAGAUGGCAGAAGAUUUGACAUCCAGUAGACCUUGAGCUCAUUAUAUGCUCAUUGUAAUACAUUCAUAUGCUAAAUGACAUACCCACAUGUGCCAUGGCAGUUCUGAGGCCAGCCAUAAAAGGCCAAAAAGUGGGUGGUGGUCUAAUUCCUGGAAAUCCCUGCCCUUCACCAAAAUAGUUAGAAUAAUCCUUCCACACACUACCUGAUGAAAUUACCCAACCCAUAAAAACUCACCAUUCUAUAUUUCCAUGCCUCUCUGCCUUCUGAGAUGGCCCACACUGUCUGUGGAGUGUGUUUCUCCUGGGGCCUUUCUUUGCCUUUUGAGUCAGACCACAUUUUCUCUCUAUGAAAUGUGUAUCCUCCAGACUGCUUUCAUCCUCUGAGAUGGCCCACACUCUGUCUAUCUCUGUCAGUAAAUCUACUUCUUAAGAAAGAGAAGAGAAAAGAAAAGAAAAGAAAAAAGAAAAGAAAAGAACCGUCUUGGACCCUGGACCCCAGUGAAUGACCUGAGGCUCUUUCUUGCUGCCAGACUGAAAACAAAGGGAUUUGUUUUCUCCUAAGUUUCCAAAGUGAUUUCCAGAAGCAGAAACAAGUGGAAAUUACCAGUUUCAGAAAAGGGACAGAUUACCCGUAGUUUCCUCUGGAUACUGAAAAAGCCUAUUGAGACUGUGAGCUCACAGACAGAACUUUAUACAAAGUCAAGCCAUAAUUGGCAUGUUUUAUGGUUUACUGGAAUCCUGAAAGCAUCUGAAUUGUUCUAAUAAGUGUUUAAGCAUUUAAGUACACAGAGUGGUCAACUACAAGUUGUGGAGAAAAGCCACUGAGUAUUUCUGCGAGGUCUAAAUCACAAAGCACUGGUUUUAACCUGUAAUGGCACCAUGUUGAAUUCUUUUUUUAACUACACUCUUUCUUUAAAGAAUUCUUUCUCCUUAACCUCGGAAGCCAAUGACAGACAUUUUGAAUUUUGGCAUGCUGAUAUGCUAUUUCUGCAAAGAUUUCAGAUGAGUAGCCGUGAUGGUCAAAGUCCCAAAGUAAGGUUCCUUUCCUGGCCCUCUAUUUGAUUUUAAACUUAAUCUUUCAUUGACUCAGUUUCCAUGUUUGUGAUAUGGUGAUAGAGACUAGUUAGCACCAUAGAAAUCCUGUGGGAUUCCAUUAUGGAUAUGCCAAGGCUAAGGAUAACUGGCUAUGGUGACAUUAGAUUAAUCCUGUUAAAUUUGGUCUUAUACUGAGGCCAUGAAACUCAGGGCAUUAGUUGACCCAUAAACUGUCCAAAUGUUUGCAUUGUCAAGUGGUCUGAAACAAACUUUAACUGGUGCACAGAGUAAGAAGAACUUUAGGUUAAUGGGAAUGAAGGGGUACUAAAGUGAAUAACAGAAAAAUUAUAUAAUCUUUCAGUUUUUCAAUUAUCUGUCUGUGCAAAUCAAAGAAUGCCAUCAAAGAAUAAAACCCAAUAGUUUAUUGUUCA